GCUUGGGGUUCAGACCAAGCGUGACGCCGUUAUACUGAUCCGGAAGAAAAUUAAAUAGAAACUUAACAACCAACGGUAUGUAUAAAAGCUCGGUUAUUUCAUAACGGAUUUUGUAAGGAGUAGAAAAUGACCUUGUUCGGGCAAGCCCUACGCUUCACGUCUCCACGGCUCCAGUUUAUUUGCGGGAGGCGCAGGACAUAUUCAGCUCAAGCUGGAGCCGUCGAGCGGGUCAUUCCAGCGUUUCUCUCUGUUAGCGGAGAAGAAGGGGUGUCUGUGGGCUCAGCUGUCAGAGAACAACACGGCAGGGAUGAGUCUGUGCACAGAUGCCGACCACCGGAUGUGGUGGUGUUUCCUCGAUCUGUUGAGGAGGUCAGCGCCCUUGCCAAAAUCUGUCACCAACACCAACUACCCAUGAUCCCGUUUGGUACAGGGACAGGCCUGGAGGGAGGUGUUGGUGCUCUGAAGGGUGGAGUGUGUUUCAGUUUGAGAAAGAUGGAGCAGGUUCUUGAUCUUCACCAAGAGGAUUUUGAUGUGACGGUGGAGCCAGGUGUGACACGCAAAGGCCUCAACUCAUACCUGCGUGACACUGGCCUCUGGUUUCCGGUUGACCCAGGUGCCGAUGCAUCGCUCUGUGGCAUGGCUGCAACUAGUGCAUCAGGCACCAAUGCGGUCCGCUAUGGCACGAUGCGUGAGAACGUCCUGAACCUGGAGGUGGUUCUAGCAGAUGGGAUGGUCCUCCACACAGCAGGGAAGGGCCGUCGUCCAAGGUAUGACUGCAAUAUUACAAUCAAACCACAUUUAAAACUAAAUCAUUUGUUGUCUACAUUUGAUUUUUCCCCUUUUGGUGCAAACCCUUUCAGAAAGACAUCUGCUGGUUACAACCUAACAAACCUUUUUGUGGGCUCGGAGGGAACUUUGGGUAUUAUUACCAAAGCCACGCUUCGGUUGUUCGGUAUUCCCGAAAGUAUGGUGUCGGCUGUCUGCUCCUUUCCAUCCGUCCAAUCAGCAGUGGACAGCACCGUUCAGAUCCUGCAAGCUGGAGUUCCCAUUGCCCGUAUCGAGUUCUUGGACGACGUGAUGAUAAACGCAUGCAAUCGCUUCAACAACCUGUCCUAUGCGGUCACUCCCACCCUCUUCCUGGAGUUCCACGGGAGCUCUAAAAGCAUGGAGGAGCAAGUGACCAUCACUGAGGAGAUCACGCGGGAUAACGGAGGCUCAGACUUCGCCUGGGCAGAAGAUGAGGAGUCCCGUGGCCGGAUAUGGAAAGCCCGUCAUGAUGCAUGGUAUGCCGCCCUGGCCCUGAGGCCUGGAUGUAAGGCAUAUUCUACAGACGUCUGUGUGCCAAUCUCACGACUGCCUCAGAUUAUAGUGGAAACAAAAGAAGAUCUAAUCAGAAACAAUAUCACCGGUCCUAUUGCAGGUCAUGUGGGUGAUGGAAACUUCCAUUGUUUAAUUGUACUGGAUCCUAAUGACGCAGACGAGGUGCAAAGGGUUCACUCCUUCACUGAGAGACUAGCCAGGAGGGCACUGGCUAUGAACGGAACUUGUACCGGUGAACAUGGGAUCGGUCUAGGAAAGAGGGCCCUGCUCAGAGAAGAGGUCGGUCCUUUGGCCAUAGAGGUCAUGCAGGGCCUCAAGGCCACUCUGGACCCCAACCUCAUGAAUCCUGGAAAGGUGUUGUAAUUAACGCAAACCAACACAGAUACUGUGCACUGAGCUUCUUGACCACUAGAAGCCAGGAGAAUUAAGUUUAACAUUUUAAAAAUGAUAGAAUGUUAGAGGCUAGAAUGUUUGCAAAAUCUGCACAUACUUUUUUUGUGAAAAGUGCGUGUGAUUUUAAGAUCCUUGUGUGGAUAUGAAGUAAUUUCUAAUUUAGCAUUAGUAUUAAUGUACAGGGGUUAAUUUUCUCUGAGCCUUGAGAAUGUAAUUUUUCCAUCCUUGUAUUUUGCUUUUCCAUGGCAAUCUCACAAUUAAUGUAAAAUCAUCGUGCCAUGACAAACUUGUGUUUAGUUGGGCCAUUUGCCCUUCUACAUUUCUGUGAAUAUACUUAUUUAUAUGGACAUAUUUGCUUCUAAAGAACAAUCUGUGAAGGAGAACUCAAAACAAAGACUGAUAAGCUAAAUGUGAUGCAGAAAAUAAAAUUUAAUUAAUUACAUGAAAUAAUUUUGUCUCUUGUUCAUGCUCAAGUGACUGUUCUUGUUUUUGUUUUUUUUACACCUUUUUUGUGUUUGCAGUGAACUUCUCAAUAAAAGAAUGCAACGUC